ACCGCAAGGGUAGCGCUCGGUGGGCAUGGGGCGGGGCUUGCGGCGCGCUGCCGGUGUGACGGUUAGAGAGUGCGGUCGUGGCGGUGAUGCCGAGCGGUGUGACGGGUGCUGUGCCGCCGGGGGAGCCGCUGUCGGUGUCGCGGUUCCGGGCCUGCGCGGCUCGCUGCUGCCUCCUGGCCGUGGCCGUGGGGACGGCGCUGGGCGGAGUGGCGUUCUGGUCGUGCCGGCGCCUUCUGCUGCGCUGGCUGGAGGGUCAGCAGUUCCGGGCCGGCCUGCUCCUCUUCAGCCUGGCUUUCAUUCUCAUCUCCUUCCCCUGGACCUGGGGAUACACGCUGCUCAGCUUGGCACCGGGAUACCUGUAUGGCUUCCAGCGGGGGCUGGCGGUGCUGGUCUUUGGGGUGGCGGUGGGCACCCUGGCAGCUCAUCUGGUGACCCAGCGCUGGCUGCUGGCACCCAUGGGUGCCCUGGUCAGAGGGAAUGCCAAGCUCAGCGCCAUCAUCCGAGUGCUGGAUGGUACCAAUGGGCUUAAGGUGGUCUUCCUGGCGAGGCUGACGCCCAUCCCCUUUGGACUCCAGAACGCAGUCUUUGCUUGGGUCACUGACUCAGCAACACUGAAGGUGCACCAUGUAAAACUGUAUGAGGAAUGUUUGUUGGUCGUCACACCAGAUUGGUUGAGUUUUCUGAGUUGGAGUCUUUGUUUCACUGGAUUCCAAAUGAGUGAUGGGAAUGAUACACAGAUCAGCAAGUUGGAAACACUACACUAUUUGGCCACGUCCACUAUGGGUCUGCUACCCUCUCAGAUCCUCAACUCUUACCUGGGCAGUACUGUUAGGACCAUGGAAGAUGUAGUAAAUCAUCGAAGUCCAGAGGGCUACUUGGCAUUUAUAUUACAGAUCUUCUUCAGUGUUGCCAUGAUGUUAUACUUAGUGCGUCGAGCUCACCAGGAACUGAACAAGACCAUCCAGGCUCAUGAUGCUAAGCAGCCUGGGAAUGAAGCUGUCCCAGACAAUGACAAGGAAACACACAGCACCAAAAGAACUAAUAUUCCACUGGACAUGGACUUCGUAUGACUGACGAACUUGAAUGAGUUGAUCUGAAGCAUGAAGGCAGAUGACCACUGGGUGUGAAAAGUGGGGUAGGAAAAACACAUGUUAGCAGACAUCCCCAUAACUAACAUACUUGAUGGUCUGGUAUUGUCCGCCCAUGGAUUACUGACUGGAUCUGACACAGAUAGUGGAGAAUCCAGAUAUGAACGUCAGCAGUGGAGAAGGGCCUGUAGGUGCGCCUCCAUAUGACCAAUAUGACGAUGCUUCACAAACCUUGGAAUGAUAACUUCUGGAUGGCUAGUGCAGGACAUGGCCAGAGUUUAUCACACUUUCCCUGAAAUGCUGGUCUUAUAGGUUGGGAUUUGCACCCAGUGCUAGGUGUGGUCAAUGUUAUGGCCAGUUCUGAAUCCUAAUACUGGGUUUGGUCAAUGGGGAGUUGCCUGUGGGAGCAGGAAAGCCUCUGCUGACACUGUUGAUGAAUUCAUUGAGGACGUAGGGAAGUAAAUACCCAAUGCUAUCAGGCCAGAGAGCUGGCUGUUUUGGCUGAUUCGUGCAACACCCUGUUAGUUUAGAGUGCUGGAGCCAGAUCUAGCUUUGGGUGGUGGGAUUCAUGUGUUUGGAGAGAGCUUCUAAAUGUGCGUGGCUGGUUUCAUCUGGACUUAACCCAAAGCACAAAAACUGCCUGAAUGUUGCUGUCGAGUGCCAAUCUUGAUGAGAUGAUCAAUUCACUGAUGGAAUGGAAGGUGGUUCAUUAGGGAUGGCCCCUCUUGUUUUUAACUCAGGCAUUGGGCCUAUUCAGUGGGACAGUGGAAAGGGAGCUUCACUAUUUCUAAACCCUCCAGUUGGUGCUGUGCAGAUCUGGUUUCUAAGCACUUCCACACAUUCGUACAUCCAGUCCUGAUCGGUUUUCUCAAUGUUCCAAUGCAGAUCUCUUCGUAUAUUUUAAAAAACCCACUACCUUGGUGAUGACCUGAUUUCUAACGUAUUUUAAGAAUAGCUUCUCAUACACAGUGUGGACCAUGACAUGCAGUGGACAGUUAGCAAUUAAAAUAAAAUGACUGCACUCUGUGACUGAAGCAGCCAUAAUGAAGGUUCAAUUUACAGUAAUAAAACAUAGGAUCUUUGCAGAGCCUGCGAUAGGAUUAAUGCCUGAAACAAUUUCUAGGCUGUGCCAUCGAUUGGGAAAUGUUGUUUGGAUUAUUUAUCCUAGGCUUCCAUAAAUCUUGUUAAAACCGUAAAAGAAGCAAAGCUCCUGUAAAGUGCCUGACGUCUUUCUGUUGAUAAUGAUCUUGAUGUCAGCGAAUUAAACAAAUGCAUUUUUUUAAACUUCAUAUGUCUGAUUUAACACAAUA